GAGGCAGCCUUCUGUGCUGUGAUUCUUGCCCUGCUGCUUUUCAUCGUGAAUGCCUAAAUAUUGAUAUCCCUGAAGGAAAUUGGUAUUGCAAUGACUGUAAGGCAGGCAAAAAACCACACUACAGGGAGAUUGUGUGGGUAAAAGUUGGUCGAUACAGGUGGUGGCCAGCCGAGAUCUGCCAUCCUCGGGCUGUUCCCUCUAACAUUGAUAAGAUGAGACAUGACGUGGGCGAGUUCCCUGUCCUCUUCUUUGGGUCUAAUGACUAUCUAUGGACUCAUCAGGCCCGAGUCUUCCCUUACAUGGAAGGGGAUGUGAGCAGCAAGGAUAAGAUGGGGAAAGGAGUUGAUGGAACAUAUAAAAAAGCUCUUCAGGAAGCUGCAGCAAGGUUUGAAGAGUUAAAGGCCCAAAAAGAACUCAGACAGCUGCAGGAAGAUCGAAAGAAUGACAAGAAGCCACCACCUUAUAAACAUAUAAAGGUGAACCGUCCUAUCGGCAGGGUGCAGAUCUUCACUGCAGACUUGUCAGAAAUUCCCCGUUGCAACUGUAAAGCUACUGAUGAGAACCCCUGUGGCAUCGACUCCGAGUGCAUCAACCGGAUGCUGCUGUAUGAGUGCCAUCCCACAGUGUGCCCUGCCGGGGGCCGCUGUCAGAACCAGUGCUUCAGCAAGCGCCAGUAUCCCGAUGUUGAGAUCUUCCGCACCUUACAGAGGGGCUGGGGUCUCCGGACGAAAACAGACAUCAAAAAG